GGCCCCAGUGGCGGCGCGGCUCGGCGCUCGCGGCGGGACUUCCGUGUUGGCGGGCUUCUGAACGCUGCCAUGGCUCAGACCGUGCAGAACGUUACCUUGUCCCUCACGCUGCCCAUCACGUGCCACAUUUGCUUGGGGAAGGUACGUCAGCCUGUCAUAUGCAUCAACAACCAUGUAUUUUGUUCGAUUUGCAUCGAUUUGUGGUUGAAAAAUAAUAGCCAAUGUCCAGCUUGCAGAGUUCCCAUCACUCCUGAAAAUCCUUGCAAAGAAAUUAUCGGAGGAACAAGUGAAAGUGAACCUAUGCUCAGCCAUACAGUCAGGAAACACCUUCGGAAAACUAGACUUGAACUGCUCCACAAAGAAUAUGAGGAUGAAAUAGAUUGUCUUCAGAAAGAAGUAGAAGAGCUUAAGAGUAAAAACCUGAGCUUGGAGGAACAGAUCAAGACAAUUCUAGAUCCUUUAACAUUGAUGCAGGGCAACCAAAAUGAAGACAAAAAUCCAAUUACAGAUAAUCCAAGUAAAAUUGACCCAGAAACAGUAGCAGAAUGGAAGAAAAAACUUAGAACAGCUAAUGAAAUAUAUGAAAAGGUGAAAGAUGAUGUGGAUAAAUUAAAAGAGGCAAAUAAAAAAUUGAAAUUGGAAAAUGGUGGCCUGGUGAGGGAGAAUUUACGACUGAAGGCCGAAGUUGAUAACAGAUCACCCCAGAAGUUUGGAAGGUUCACAGUUGCUGCUCUUCAGUCCAAAGUAGAACAAUAUGAACGUGAAACCAAUCGCCUCAAGAAAGCCCUAGAACGAAGUGAUAAGUAUAUAGAAGAACUGGAAUCUCAAAUUGUACAGCUAAAAAGUUCCAGUGAGGAGAAGGAAGCCCUGAGUUCCAUUUGCCAGAGAGUACUCUCCACAGAAGGGACAGGAAGCAAAGGCAGUGAGGAGGAUCUGGCAGUAAAUCACCAAGGUGAUGGGGCCAGAAAGCAGCUUGGCUCAUCCGCCUCAAGUUCUCACCUAACGAAGCCUUCUAGCAGUUCUGCCAGGCAAGAAACCACCAGUAAAACAGAACCUAAUUGUUCUGCAAACAAAGACCUUUACCAAAAACAGGUGGAGAUAAUGUUGAAUGUGACAGACACAAGUAUGGAUACUUACUUGGAAAGGGAAUGGAAUAAUAAGCCCAGUGACUGUGAACCCUACAAAGAUGAAGAGCUGUAUGACCUUCCAGCUCCUUGUACUCCUUUGUCCCUUAGUUGCCUUCAACUCAGUACUCCAGAAAACAGAGAGAAUGCUGUGAGCAAAGCAGGAGGCUCCAAAAAGCACUCCAACCACCUAAGAAAACUGGUGUUUGAUGAUUUUUGUGAUUCUCCAAAUGCUAGUACUAAAGAUUCUUCCGAAGAUGACAGAAGUGAAAAUGAAAAGAAAUCAGAGUGUUUUACUUCCCCAAAGACUUUUUGGGACUGUUGUACGACAAGCUAUGCCCAAAGCUUGGAUUUUGAAAGUUUAGAGGGAAACACAAUAGCCAAUUCUGUUGGAGAAAUCUCUAAACUGAGUGAAAAGUCAGGCUCAUGCUUGUCCAAGAGGUUGAAUUCUAUUCGCUCUUUUGAAAUGAAUCGGACAAGAACGUCCAGUGAAGCAUCAAUGGAUGCGGCUUACCUGGACAAAAUCUCUGAGUUGGAUUCAAUGAUGUCAGAGUCAGACAAUAGCAAGAGCCCUUGUAAUAACGGUUUUAAGUCAGUGGAUUUGGAUGGGUUAUCAAAGUCAUCUCAAAGCAGCGAGUUUCUUGAGGAGCCAGAUAAGUUGGAAGAAAGAACUAAGUCAAACCUUUCCAAAGGUUCUCUAACUGCUGAUCAAUUGGAAAAUGGAAAUGAAUGGAAGUCCACUUCGUUUUUCCUCCUCUCCCCAUCUGACCAGGAAAUGAAUGAAGAUUUUUCACUCCAUCCCAGUUCUAACUCAGGAACUAACGAAAUCAAACCCCCAAGCUGUUUGUUUCAGACUGAGUUUUCCCAGGGUGUUUUGUUAAGCAGUUCACAUCGGCUAUUUGAAGAUCAGAGGUUUGGGUCAUCUUUGUUUAAGAUGUCCUCGGAGAUGCAUGGUCUUCAUAACCAUCUUCAGUCUCCCUGGUCCACUUCCUUUGUGCCUGAGAAGAGAAAUAAAAAUGUGAAUCAAUCAACAAAAAGAAAAAUCCAGAGCAGCCUUUCCAAUGCCAGCCCAUCUAAAGCAACUAAAAGUUGACUCAGUAGAAAGGUGCCAUUUCAGUUUAUGUCCUAAAAGGAAUAUGUUAUUAAAGUUAUUUUUCCCCUCAUGAAAGUUCUCUACAAUUUUGAAUUUCGAGUUGACAAUAUAGUAAGUCUUGUCGAGUCAAAAGGGCAGAUGAGUCUAAGCCCAUAAUACAUUUGUUCAUUUGAGGAAUUUGUUCUUUCUGAUUUUAUUUGGGGAUCUAUUUAACCGAAAAAGUAGGGAAAGGGUUUCAUUAUUUACAAUGUAUAUUUUAUGUAUGUGGUUUGGGGCCAAUUUUGUUUUCUUGGACCUUGAUUUAACUGUUUAAUACGAUGGCCUGUUAAUAAGCCUCAGUUGUCUUCAGACCUGGAUUUCUUAAACUUUUUUGUGUUUUAUACACACUGCACAUAAGACACUUGAGUUUUUCUAAAGCUUUUCCUUGGAUGGAAACUUUUGCCUUCCUCUUUUUAUUUAUAUUCAAUUAUGGUCUUUUAUAUAAGGCCAUAAUAGAGAAAUAGCACUCUAACUGUAGUCCAAUAUUCAUUGACUUCUUUUAAGAAAGGUUUUUCAUGUAUAUGUUUUCACUUUUAACUUUGUGUUGUCCUGCUAGUCUGCUUUUUGUGAAAAUGUUCUGCUAGUCUGAAAGAAUGCAUUUUCAGUGUGAAAAUAUUUGUUUUUAUGUCAGGUAGUGUUUAUUUCUCAUCUUUGUGUGUGUGUAUGUUGAAAGUCAGAAAUGGAGCCAACUUGGGGGAAAAGGCAUGGAAGAGUUUGGUGUAGCAGAGCCUAUACUUGUUUGAUUCAUCAUUCCAGAUAUACAGCUACAGAAGCACUCAUUGCCAAGUCCUUGAUCCGCUUACAUCCCAGGGAAAUUUUUUUCAGGUGAUGAAGUUUUUGUUUGCAUGUUACAGUUCUUCGUGAAGCUCUGUAUGCAUGGUAGCAUUCUUGCUUGCACUGGUUUUCUUAAGAAAACGAAGUUUCAGUUGGCUAAUAGAAUAUCUUUUAUGUAGGAUUUUAAAAAGUGUUCAUGAAUGUUGAGAAGGGGUGAGAAUAGGUGAGGUAAGCACAAUUUUUAAUUUAGGCUCUGGAAAAGUCUGUUAUUCUAAACAUGUUUGGUAUGCCUACAUAGGCCUUUAAAACUGGUUUGUAUGCUAAUGACUUGUUUAUCUAAUGUGCACUGAACAUUUUACAUUAAUACUGCAU